GUCUCAUUCAUUCUCUUUCUCCCUCUUCUUAAGACCCUUGUUCUCCCAACAACACCUUAUAAAUCCACACCACUAUCUCCUCAUCUCACUCCUCCUCUUCCUCAUACAAACACCACCACACUACUUCUUAUUGUUAUUGUUAUUAUUCUCUUGAUGGGUCUUGAUCAGGAUGCUAAAAACCCAAGCCUUCAGCUUAUUCUAGGACUAGCUUUGACUCUCACACCGGAAGAUCAAACCACCAACCGGUCACCAUCUAACAAGGUUGUUGCUGAUCAUGAGCCGAACCCAACGCAGCCAAGGAAACUCUACCCCGAGGCUGAGCCAUCGUUAACGUUGGGUCUUUCCGGUGAGAGUUACCCGCAGAAGGUGGUCAAAGUCAACAAAAAUAAGGUUUUCUACGGUGAGGACGGUCUUGACUUGUCUACGACGCAAACUUCACCUCACUGCAGCACUGUUUCCUCCUUCUCCAGUGGCAAGGUCAAGAGGGAAAGAGAUCAUGGCAGUGAAGAAGUGGACACGGCGGAGAUAGAUGAAGACGGCGCCACUGCCGCCAGAAAGAAGCUCAGGCUAACAAAGGAACAAUCUGCUAUGCUUGAAGAAAGCUUCAAACAACACAGCACUCUCAAUCCUUUGCAUGAUUUACAGAAACAGAAGCAAGCUUUAGCAAGACAGUUAAAUCUCCGGCCCCGACAAGUUGAGGUGUGGUUCCAGAAUCGUAGAGCCAGAACAAAGCUGAAGCAAACCGAGGUGGAUUGCGACUUUCUGAAGAAAUGUUGUGAAACGUUGACGGACGAGAACAUGCGGUUGCAGAAGGAGCUGCAAGAGCUGAAGGCGCUGAAGACGCAGCCGUUAUACAUGCCUAUGCCGGCGGCCACGCUCACCAUGUGCCCUUCUUGUGAGAGGCUUGGUGGUGUUAGUGGUGGCGGCGCUUCCAAUAAGAUUCCGUUCUCCAUGGCUUCCAAGCCUCACUUCUUCAACCCCUUCACCAAUCCUUCUGCAGCAUGUUGAAUAUUGUAAUUAAUUUUUCAUUUUUCAGGGCAAAGAUGAAAAAAAGAAAAAAAAAAGAAAAAAAAAACGAGUUCCACCCCACAACCUUUGUAUUUUUUUGGUUGAGGGAUACGUACCUGUGAACUAAGAUAGUGAAAGGUUUAAGGGUGUAAGUAAUGAAUACCGUAGAUAUUAAUUAGUAGCAGAACAACAAAAUUAUCUUUUAAUUUUCUUUCUUUCUUUUUUCCUUUACUGUAUGUGAAUGAAACUUUUAUAGAAUACAUCAAUCAAUAUUAUGAAGGAAUACCUUUUUUUCUAA